UGUGACUUAGGAAACACCACUUUUGUUUGAAACCCAAAAAGUAAAAAAUAAAAACCCAAAAGCCAGAGGAGCACCAGCGAUGGAGUCGAUCUCCAUCUCCGCCGCCAUCCCACGGCCACGAUCCUCAUGCUAGCCGCCGUGUCCUCCUCUUCCACGUGGCUCCGAGCCCGCCGGAGCCGCUGCGUGUUCCUCCUCCUCUGCUCCCCGAUCCUAAUCCCUUUCCUCUUCGCCACCUUCCCUCUCUUCUGCGCCGCCGAGCUCUGCUUCCGCCUCUGCAGCCGCCGCCGCGGAAAGCUGCCUCAUGAAGAGGCGGAGGACGAUCGAGUGCGGCGAUGCGAGGAGGGGCGGUGCGCGGCGGAGGAAGAGGAAAGAAGAGAAGAGAUGGGACUGCUGCAGAGGUACUUGGAGGAUCAACUGUUGCUGGUCGGAUCUGUGUACGAUUGUGGAGACUACUACGAUGAAGAUAUGUAUCGGGAGAUUCAGGACUAUGAUGAUAGCGAUUCUAACACUCCUCUUUUGGCUUAGAUUUGUGAUUUCAGAUGCUGUUGUCUUUUUUUCCCUUCUUUUACAUUUUUGUACAUCACACACAUUUUGGAUUUUGGUAUAUUUUGGCUGUGGGAAAUUUUGGAAUGGUGAAUAUGAUCUUUCACUUAUAGUCAUCGGAAUGUCAUCGGAGUUUUGGCUCUGUAUUUGUAUCACAGAAACUCUUCGAUUUCUGUAGUGAAUUUGAUUGUGUUCA